AUGGGUGAGGGUGUGGUGGCUUUACCUGCACCUAAACGAGUAUCAGCAGAAGAAGCCACUUGUCUUCAGGAAGUGCAGCAAGAGGACUGUGGCAUAGAAAGAGAGACUGGCUCUGAGACAAAGUCAGGAAACCCAACAUCUGAAACUUUAUCUGAAAACCCUGGAGAUAGUCCCAUUGGCAGAAUAUCACAACCACAGCUGAAAAGCUUUCACCCACAAAUAAAGUGGUUCCAAAAGGAUGAUGUUAUCAUCCUAAGGAUAAGAAUAAGGAACAUAAAGGAUUACACAUGUAAAUACUUUCAUGAUAGAGUUGUUUUCAGUGCCUGGGUGGGAGACAAAUUUUACUUGGCUGACAUGGAGCUACAAGCCAACAUCAUAAAAGAAGACUGCAAGUGUGUAAUUACAAAUGAUGAGCCUGUAAUCACUCUUGCAAAAGAGAAAAGGGGAUCCUGGUGUGGCUUACUGCGGCAGAAGAAUCCUAAUGUGACUUUUGAUUUUGACCACUGGGAAGAAUGUGAUGAAGAUGGAGAGGAGGGCCUCUUCCCUAAAGUUAUAAGUUCUAAAACCGUGCCUUGCAAAGUGCCCAAGGUGGUUGAAGACAGCAGCAGCUGUGAGGAUGACAGCGGAAGCGAGAGUGACUGA